GCGCCAUGUCUCCGCAACUACCCUGAACCAACGAUACUAGAAUAAUGUUCUUAUUCUCGUACACUAUAAACGUUGCCCUGAACUACAGGAACCUCCGGUCCAAUGGGAAAACUAGCUACGCGACAGGCAUCUAUAAUUAAAGCAGGCAUUGGAAUGGAGGUUGCCAUCAUCUAUCCACGUUAAGCUUCUCCUUGCGUCGUAAAGAUGGCUGCGGCCAGUAUUGUUGGGACGUGAAGGGGCUGGCUACACUUGCUCAGUGCAAAAUUGAAUUCUUGUUUCUUUCCAAUAUUUCUUCUUAGACAAUGGAAAUAGAACAGCUGCCGGAAAGCCUACUGCUAGAGGUAUUUCUUCACCUGAAGUUCAAGGACCUGUGUUUCUGCGCAAGCCACCCACUCUUCAAUGUCGGCGCCAUCAGUCCCGCGGAAAGUUCCAGGAUCCUUGGGUUUCACUACCACAACCGAAGGGGACAGCGACGUAGCUGCCCACGGUGACAUUGGAGGCAGCAACGACGUUGAUCCUGUGUGCUCACCGUCAUUCAUGGUGGGGACGGUGAUGCGACGUCCAUUGCGGAGCUCCAUUUUCAGCCGUGUGUUUGUCGACGAUGGCGACGGGUUGCACGUGACAGAGUGCUUCGAAGAAUGAUUGACGUGUCAGCCCAUCCACUGUCGGCACUACAGGCAUGGCACCUUAUUCGAGCUCAUGCAGAUGCAAACCUUGUGGAGCUACGAAUAUCAGGCAGCGCUCACAUGUUCUUCUCCAACCGUAGAGCACAGCACACAUUCACACCAAAGUUCUUCAAGCACCUGGCACAGCGUUGCCCAUCACUGAAGGUACUCCAUCUCACAGAUGCCUUCCUCGCACGCAACAUGACAACAACCAAGAUGUCAGUGUCGGACCUUCCACCAUUGCUGACACACUUGUCACUGCGCAGUUGCUUCUUCCAUCCGGCCGAGUUCUUUCGUGCUGAAUUUGGCCGGCCUGCCCUGCACUCUCUGCAGCUGCUUGACCUAGCUGACUGCAACCUUGUGUCAAGCGUUGAGCUGGGCCGGCUCGAACAGUGGCCUUCGCUUCGUGCACUGAGCCUGGAAGGCUGCCACCGGGUCAACGACGGAGGCCUGAGCAACAUUUUGCCACUUAUCAGCAAUCUGGUUGCCCUGGACAUUGAGGGAACUGACAUCAGCGAUCGAGGUGUCGAAAUGAUCCUGCUCCAUGGCCUGAACCUCAGGUUUCUGUUUCUUGGCCAUACGUCUUGCACCGGGGAAGUGUUUAUGUCUGUCUCGAGACAACUGAAGGGUCGUCGCAAGCUGGGGCUGUCCCAUAUAUGCCUCAGGAGGACGCUUGUCAAGGACGAGCCUUUGUAUUGGCUUCUGGAAAUGGUUCCUCAUUUGAUGUGGCUGGCCGUGACGAGCCGUCACAUGUCGGCGGACGUGAGGGCCAGAGUGAAGGAGGCCGUGCCAACUUCAUGCCAGUUUGUGCAGUUUUUGCCUUUCUAUGUCAAUGCAAGUACAUUCUGCAGACAUUUUGUGUCCGACAGCAUCCAAAAUCUGAAGCUGGAAACGAUUCCAUGUGGUGAAAGAACAGCACCUGGUUAACAGAAUCGGUUUAAGAGUAGCUGGUAAAUGACAAAGGACUUUCAGUUGCUGGAGGGUUGUGCUUUCAUGAGGUGUGUUUGCAGUGCACUAGUUUGUUGAUUGCCUGCUUAAACUGUAACUUGAAAAAUAAAUGUAUUUGUUUGAAGGAUCGA